AUGUCGCAACUAAUUUCGAAGAGAACCGCCUUCCGCGGAAUCUACGCCCUUGAGUUUUUGGCUACUCGAAGAGCAGCGUCUGCCGCUCCAGCGUUCUGUCACUGCCACCGCCCUCUUACGAGAUCGAUUCACAUAACACCCAUUGCGAAGGAUGAUCAGCCGAUAGUUGGAAGCCCGCCGGUCCCGUUGGAGCCCGUCUCAGCAUUUCCCAACAGUCCACCACCGGCACCUAUCAAAGGAACUUUAUGGUUUGACAACGUCUUCCCGCGACAUUACGUCAAGUAUGACAUCCGCUGGCCGUGGCUAGCGAGCUACAGCAAGCGGAUCGUUGAAACCGCAAAGGAGCGAUUCAUCCCGAAGAAUCUGCCCGCUGAUUUUGAGUACCUGGGCGCAACCCCGAAUAUGAAGGAGGGAGGGCUUUUUGUCCAUUUCAAAUACAACGGCGAGUCUGCACAGGAGGUCGUUGACCGGGUCAAUAAGUACAUGGAAGAGCAGCAUCUGAGGUCCUGGGUCAAUCUCAACAAAAUCCGAGCCUACUACGUGAAGGGCGAGCCGUGGGUAGACGAUAUGGUUGGCCGGCUUCCUUCGAGACAGCUUCGUGUCGAGUUCGCUGGGCCAGAUGUUUCUGUGGAGAAGCUCUACCGAGACUUCCGACCGUAUGGGAGAAUCAACAACAUCACCCUCCUACCACCGAAUGUGAAGGAUCUUCCGCGAUACGCUGUCGUCGAGUUCAUUCGCGUGCGGUCGGCUACGAGCGCAAGGAACUGUUUGAACGGCGAGCUCAUUGAUGGGACUCGCAUCAGCAUCAACUACGAGGGCCAGAAGCAGACAUUUGCCAAAGUAUGGAACUGGAUGACUUCCCAUCCUCGCAUCGUCAUACCACUUCUGCUCGCUAUGUUCGCAGGGCUAUCUUACGCCGUCUUUGACCCAAUUCGCGUGUUCUUUAUCGAGAACCAGUUGACCGGAAGGUUCAGUCUGAAGGCAUACAAGGGCGCCGCUGAGGAAUGGUGGUACUCCACAGCGUCUAGUGUCUUCGGACGCAAGUUGCACGAUUCUACAGUGGCACAGGAAACGUGGACUGAGCGACAGGAAGAUUUUGCACGGUUGCAGCACCACUUGAAGCAGACACCAGACACGCUGGUGCUGGUUAGUGGACCAAAGGGCUCUGGGAAGAGCGCUCUCGUUAAGAAGGUGCUUGAGCAUGCGAAGUAUAAGAUCGUCAUUCACUGCGAUGAGCUUGCAGGGCAGCCCAAUCAUAUCAUGCUCAAGCGGCUGGCGAGCCAAAUCAACUUCAAGCCAAUGUUCAAUGGACUUGUACAGAUGUCCUCGCUUCUCGACGCGAUGAUCACUGCUACGACAGGAGCGAAAGCAGGUCUGUCCACCACCGACGAGGGCCAAAUAAAGCAAAUGUUCGAACUGCUCUCCGCUGCUGUGGCGCGCGUGGCGGAGGAGCAGAGAGAGACCAGGAAGAAGGCUUUGUUGAAACAAGCUCGACAUGCUGAGAAAGGCACAGGGCCCGAUGCCGUCGCGGCGGAUGCGAAGACGGACAAGAUUUUGGAGGAUAUUGAGUACCCCGUUGUGGUGGUGGAAGGUUUUUUGGCCAGCGAGGUCUCUAAGAGCUCGGUGAUCUAUGACAUGAUUCUGGAGUGGGGUGCUUCCGCCGCUGAGAACCAUUUAGCCCACGUUGUCUACAUAUCGGACAACCCCAUUGCCCUGAAGACCAUCAGCAAAGCUCUCCCGAAUAAAACCAUCGAGCUGUAUGCCCUCUCGGACGCAACCCCGGAAAACGCUCUCGCACUUGUAAAGAAACGCCUUGAGGAACCCGUGGAUGACAACCAGCUGCGCGAGUUCGUUAAUGGGCUUGGCGGUCGUUUGACGGAUUUGGAGAUGCUGAUUCAGAAGAUUCGUGCGGGGAUGACUAUCGAUGAUGCAUACAAAGAGAUCGUCUUCCGCGCCGUCAACGAAGUCCGCAAGGUCGGCCUUGGCGAAGACGCCACCACAACCGACACGUCCCACAAGAUCCGUUGGUCACCCGUCCAGUUCUGGAAAGUCGUACAAAUCCUCAGCAAAGCCGAAGAAGUCUCCUACGACGGCCUCCGCUUCAACGCACACUUCAAAGGCGACGAAGGGCCCAUCCAGGCCAUGGAACGCGCCGGCUUGAUCGGCAUUACCUAUGAUAACGGUCGGCCUUACGGCAUUCGCGCCAGUCGACCCGUGUUCCGCACCGCGUUCCAGCAUAUGCUUAUGGACCAGCGUCUGUCAGCUACCAUGGGCAUCCUGACGACAAAGCAGCAGAUGGCGGACGAGGAAGCCAAUAUUAAGGGCAUCACGGCGGAGAUGAACACGUUAGAUGCGCUGUCGAAUAACGGUACUGUGAAGCGGCCUGUGAAGGAACGGUUGGAUGAUUUGAGGAAAGGGUUUGAGGGGAGUUUGGACAGGCUGCGGAGGCUGGGAGCGGAGCAAGGAGAGUACAAGAAAGUUAUCAGUUUGCCGGAGUGAGACCGACGUGCUGCCGGAGGACCCCUAUUUGCUUUGAGCGGAAGCCUGUUGCUGCCGGGAUCCACAUGGUUGUGGUACCCGAUCAAUUUCAAGCAAUCUCAUUAACAUGGUGAUUCCUCACCUUAGCAAGUUCAAAUUUUGGUGUUUCGUGUUCACAAAUUUUAUCUCAUAAUGAUAGCUAGUUCCUUCUAGUGCUAUGUUCGACGUAUCCAGAAUCGAAUCACUCCUUACACGGUCCACGACCUUAAAUGCAGCGCAAAAGAUCUCAUUUAUAUACAGCUACUACGAAGAAAAUCUACAUCUUGAAAUACAACGAAACCUCAGGACGCAUUUGGAGAAAUAUGUACACAACUGCACAAAAGCAAUAGAGAUGUCAGGGUAUAUCGGAAGGGUGACAGGGGACUGAGAAAACUUAUGUACAAGGGAGGAGUCCCAACGAAGUAAAUGAUACAGAAUAGCCUGACCAUUCCUAAGACAC